GAUCCUUUCCACUGUCUUCCAGGAGUGCCAGGCGUCAAAGAAGAACGCUUUGAGGAAGGAAUGACAGUAAAGCACUGUGCGUUGUCCCUCGUGGGAGAGCCCAUCAUGUACCCAGAAAUCAACAAAUUUUUGAAGCUACUUCACGAGUGUAAAAUCUCCAGUUUCCUGGUCACAAAUGCACAGUUCCCUGCAGAAAUCAGGGACCUCAAACCAGUUACGCAGCUCUACGUCAGUGUGGACGCUAGCACCAAAGACAGCCUGAAGAAAAUUGACCGCCCGCUCUUCAAGGAUUUCUGGCAAAGAUUCCUCGAUAGUUUAAAAGCCUUGGCUGCAAAGCAACAACGUACUGUCUACAGACUGACUCUAGUGAAGGCAUGGAAUGUGGAUGAGCUCCAGGCCUAUGCCGAGCUGGUGUCCCUGGGGAACCCUGACUUCAUCGAGGUGAAGGGUGUUACCUACUGUGGAGAGAGUUCGGCGAGCAGUCUUACCAUGGCCAACGUGCCCUGGCAUGAGGAGGUGGUGCGCUUUGUCUGUGAGUUGGUGGAUCUGAUCCCUGACUAUGAAAUCGCUUGUGAACACGAGCAUUCCAACUGUCUUCUAAUAGCUCACAAGAAGUUUAAGAUUGGCAGAGAAUGGUGGACGUGGAUCGAUUACAGCCGCUUCCAGGAGCUUAUUCAGGAAUAUGAAGAUAGUGGCGGAUCAAAAACUUUCAGCGCAAAGGAUUAUAUGGCCAGAACGCCUCACUGGGCCUUAUUUGGUGCCAACGAAAGAGGCUUUGAUCCCAAGGAUACCAGAUAUCAGAGAAAGAACAAAUCAAAGGAUAUUUCUGGAUGUUGAGAUUGUCUGAAUUUAGGAUACUGAAGGACACGAACCGAUGGCGACAGAAGGUUCUCAGACUCCAGUGUGAUUUUUUUCCAAGGACAGGUUACGCAAAUAAUAUUACACAUAGAGAAGGAUGUGAGGAAGAACACGGGGAUACAAGUCAUGUCCCAGGGCUCAGGAGAGAGCAGCCACACUGGAGUGCCUGGGAGUUGGCCUCACCAUCUCUUUCCAGAAUUCAGUCCCUUUUCUGAAUUUACUUCUGAAAGAAAACCAUCUUGAUGGGCAAGUCCAUGAGCAUGAUUAGUUUUGAAUUACAACUAGGAAGACUCGCUGGGAUGCCAUCCAUGGGAGUGUUGUACAGUGUGAAUUUCUGUUUCUCUUCCCUCAUCGUGGGCUGUUGGUCUUCUUUCGAUUGUACUACCCUGAGGUCCACGUGUCUGCUCACUGUAAGAUCUCCAUCCCUUUCUUACGUCUGAUGAUAACGCCUCCUGAAAGUAAUUUAAAUUGUCAUCAUUCUCAAUUACUUUAAAUACCACAUAGAUUUUUUAAAUUUUUGCUUAGUUCCAAGCCUGUAGAAAUUGAAUCAGAUCUAAAACUGUACUAGAUUUCAUUGUUCCCGUACAGAUUGCCAGAGAAGGUAGCAUGUGAGCUGGAGUAGAGUAAAAUCUUCUAUAAGGGGAAUUGUCAUGUGAUGUCACUGGAUAGUCUCACACACUGUGAAACGAGUACAGUUUGCUUUUGCUUUGAAAAGUCAGCGUGUAAACUCAUCACUACCCUUCUAGCAGGUUUCCAUCUUCUUUCACUCUUGUGCCCUCGCUACUUUCUGCCGUGUGUUUUUUUAAGGCUCAAUUUGUUUUCCAAGUGAAAAAAACAACAAAAAACCAAGGAAUUUUUAAAAGAAUAAGUAAUUUAAAAAAUCCCUUAACCCAAAAAUCCAAAAAAAAACCUUUGGAAAGA